GUGUGUGUACACACACACACGCACACACACACACACACACAGAUGUUUUUUUGGGUUUUUUUUCAUGUCUCUUUGGUAAAACAUUAACUCUUACAAAGGGUUUCCUGUUGUUGCCGAAGAUAUUUGUCCGUGUAGGUGGCCACAAUGCAGUGAAUGCAUUCAGGUUGUCAAUACCACACCUACAAAGAAUACCUAUGACACGGUACAAGCUGUGGCUCCACUGAUUCAAAGUGAAAAUGGGAAGUGUCGUCGCCGUUCCUCUAGUUUCCGGGUGAGUCGGGUGCACUCAAACGAGUUUACAUUCACACACUAGUAUCUAUAGGCCCCACGCACGCGCGGCUUGACGCCAGUUUCGGAUCACGUAGUGGUGACUGCCAGUGGAAAAGAAAAUUUCAUUACUCACACACUAGUUUCUGCAGUUUUCCAACUCUGUAAAAGUGGUUUUCCUGUGUCCUCAGGGAUAAGUAUAAAAAGGUAAGCGACACAAGUAUCUGCAUUUCCAGUAAAACUUGGGUAAAGCGUCUUUUGGUGAAUCGGUGCCUGCUGCUGACACUUAACAAUAUGAAGCUGAUUGUUUUUUGCCUUUUCACAAUCUACUGUUGCUCUUUGGUCAAAGCAUCAUAUCCAAUGGAGCGCAAAAAACUACAAGAAGUCCUUAGAGAGCUGAAAAUGCUCAAACGCGACAUUCCGAACACAGAACUCAUGAUGAAUACUCCACCAAAGGAUAUUGAGGACUGCUGUUGUCUGACAGCCUUAACUUGCUUUCGGGAGACUCUGCUUCAACAUUUUGGCAUAAGUGGAAAAUAUCAGAAAAAACUUUACAAGAGUCUUAAUCAUACCCUUACUAUCAGUGGACUGAACUUUUGUAACACAGAAACUUCUACGACCAACUGCUCAACCUGCCACUCACAUCCUAAGGAAAAAGCAUCAGAGUUUUUCAACAGACUGGAGUCUCUGGUUCAAAGGGGUCUAAGCAGAAUCAACUGAGAUGAGCUGAAGAUCCAUUAGCAACUUUAGAGAAGACACUACUUUGUAAAGGGCCAAGCACGUCGAAGAUUGCGUCUUACAGCCUGAUAAAUAUUUAACUUAUUUAUUAUUUAUUUAUAUUGAAGUGGUUAACUCACUCAAGCUAUCAGGAAAGCUGCUCUGCUGCCACCUUGUGGACUUCGUACCCUCAGUCAGUGAGAGGGAAAAUUAAUUUAUUCAUUCAUUUUGUAGUUCUCAAAGAAUAGUUUAAUAAUGACAUUUAUACUGUGUAUGAAUUUCCUUAGUACAUAAAUUAUUUUGUAAAACAACUGUACCAUCUGAAAAUAUCAAAUUAAUUACCAUAUAUUAUUUGAUGUGCCUAGUUUAUAUGAAGGACAGAUUCUCUGCUUGUAGCAGGAACUGAAAGACAAGUGUUCUAUUUUUUUUAAUUUAUUUAUUUUUUAGCAAAUGGGCAUUUUUUUCAUUCUGGCAGUAGUCCAUUGUAUAGUUAACAAGUCGUAACUUUCUCUUGUCAACUUCAUAUAAAAGGCAGGUUGAUAUUAAUAAAGACAGUGUCUAACUGUGCUAUCAAACUGUAUUUAUGAUAUAGUUUAUAUGUUUAGAUAUUUAUUGUUUAAAUGUUUGAUACCAAUUACAAGUUUUUAGAAUUACUUUUUUAUACGUGCUGGACUAACUGAGAAAAAUAAAUAUAAAUGAAAUUCACAGAAAGUGAAGAGAAAUUGUGUUGAUGUUAUCCAUGUUUUUUGGUUGUUUUUUGUGCUCGUAUGACGGGAUGUGAAUGGGUUAACGAGGCAUGUUGUUCAAAGUGCUUUGAGUGCUCGAGUAGAGUAGAAAAUCACAAAUAAAAGAACCAGUCCAUUUACUAUGUUUUGACCUGACAUGGUUCUGGAGGCACUUCCUGAAAUGUAAAGAUACAUUUUCCAGGAGCUUAAGUUUAAUCCAAGCGUUGCAUUUGCAUUCAGAAGCUGUAAAACAACAACAUGUGAUCAAACAAGCUUUGACACACUUGCAGCUAUAUCCAAAAAGACAGCUGGAACACUAGGAGUAGCUAAAUCAAUAUAUCUCUGAAGAAGAGAGAAUUGGUAAAAUGAAUAGGUUGUCCUGGGUGUUCAUGGAAGACAACAGUGAUGGAUGAUCACAAACUCUUUCCAUGAUAAAGAACGACACCUUCUGGACAAGACUGUGUACAAGAGAGCAGAGGCUUGCACAGGCUUCUUCAAGGUUCAAACCAUACUAGUUUCAUAAAACUCUGAGCAAUACUCUAGGAGUGGAAGCAAAUCUUGUGAAAAUGAAAAAGUGCCCAUGACAACACAAGAACCAUGGCUCUGAGACCCAUUGGGUGACCACUGAGCACCUUUGGCCAGACAAGCUGAACAGAAAAAGCUAAAAAUAAAAGGUGUGUAGACAUGAAACUAAGAUCAGCAGGAAGAUAAAAAGAGUAGUGCUCAUGAUCCAAAUUACA